AUGUCAUGGGCCAACUGGAGCCUUGACAAACAGGGCCGGGUUAGCAUAGACAGAAUGGCCUUGGCUGAUCUAGACUACGGUUUGAAGGUGAAAGACAGUCAGCUUCUCCGGCUCCCCGGUGCACAGAGAAUAGGAAAUCCCACGUGGCGUAGCCCAGAAGCGCAAACGGGGAAGGGAAUCCAUAAAAAGUCGGACGUGUUCUCUUAUGGAAUUGUGGGGAGUUGA